AUGUACCGCAUUCGACGAGAUCUGCCACAACCCAAACAAUAUUACCAACCAGCUCACGUUCGAACAGCCAGGAAGCUGAACGAGUGGAAAAUCCACCGAACAAUACAUCGCCUGACCAUGUGGGUUCGUCAACACGGCCGAAUGGGAGGCGUCGAUAUCCCAUGGGGUGGGUACGACCUUCCCGUAAGUCGAGGCGGGGACGAGGGAGGGCUGCGAUUCCGUUUGGGGCCGGGAUUUAAGACAAGGGAAGCGAAGAGAAAAAUGGUCAACUGUGCAAUAUCGGGAAGUAUCCUUGCAAUUGUGUUGGCAGUUUACAUGACGCUUGCAUUGACGACAUCUAUCCGAGGACGCGAAUUUCACAUUUUCCUUAUUCUUAUAUUAAUGAUUCUUACGGUAUAUUUCUGCCAUUCGUUUGUGCGUCUAUUCAUGAUUGCCUCCAAACCUACGGCGGAUCAGGAGUCCUAUGACGGUAGAAGGGUGAGGUUUGGAGAAACGGACCACCCCAUCCGUGUAACGUUUGCGAGGGAUGAAGAGGUGGUUGAGAGCGAUAUGGAAACCAACCGCAAUGCCUCACUAGCUCCCCCGCCCCCUGCGUACGGCCUAUGGAGGGGAAGCAUGAGAAUAAACCCCAAUAUGAUCUACUGGCAACGAGUGAAUGGAACGGAUUCUGGAAGUGGGACCAGCUCAACUUCAACUGACGAGCCACGACCAGCAACGGCAAAUCGGCCGCCAAGCUAUGUUUCUGAUGACGGAGUUCGAUAUGUUCUUGACGUACAGCCGCGGUCUACUCAAAUGCCGCCACAUGGACAGGUUCCUGAGAUUCACGUGUCCGACCGGAGUUAUUAUAAUUGA